AUGGCACGCGCGGCAGUCCUUCCGCCAUCCCCUGCGAAACGUGCAAACCGCACUGUGUCCCGAACGACCUUGAUGAAGUCGACUGCCAGUACGAAAGCCAAGGCUACCGAACCGAAGAAGAGGGUCGUCAGCAAAACCACGGCUGCGACGAAACGCGUGCCGGCAGCGGUCGACUCCGACGACAACUCCGACGACACCGAAGAUGAGCUUGUGAUGAUGAUGAAACAGGAUGAUGAGAAAUCUGCACGCCCUCGCGGGCGCCCUCCCAUUCGUCCGGCAACUAAGGCUACGACAACCAAGGCUACGACGACUCGGGUGAAGAAGGCAGCACCCACUCCCGCGGAAUCACACAGUGCCAGAGAGGAGGGCCCUCAGCCAGAGCCAACAAAGAAACGCGUCGGGAGGCCGAGAAAAAACGCGGCGCCAGAGGAGUCCGCUGUCGCCAAGUCUGAAGUAGCGCCUAGGCCUCGUGGGCGGCCGAAGGGGUCCACAACUGCAAAGACCACUCCUGCUGCACGCAAGAGCACCCGAACGGUGGCCGAGCCUGAAUCGAGUGCCGUAUCCUCCGAGACCAAGCACAUUGUCAUUGCGACAAACUCAACAACAAUGCGAUCGAAUAUUCUGCGUGGGCCGGCCAAGAAGAAAACAGUGACUUUUCAGGAGCCCUCGCGCUCAGACACUGAAUCAGAUGCGGAAGAGCCUGCCGCGCCGGUAGUUGGGCGUAGGAGGGCCACUGGAAAAUCUGCUGGUACAGGAAAAGCUGGUCUCGGAGCGAUACCGAUGCGCAAGGCGGCUGCUACAACAGGUACUCGUGGCCGAAAGCCAGCUGCUGCUAAGAAGGAUGCACCCAAGCCUUUGUCCCCUAAGAAGGCGAAACAAAUGGCGAGGUCUCUCUCUGCAUAUGCCAGCUCAGAUGGCGAAGAAGAUGAAUUGAGCGCAGCCAAGGACAAUUUCAUGAGCCCUGUCAAGCUCAUCGUUCAUUCUCCCACAAAACACGACUCUGAGAAUACAGGACUUAGUUCACCUGUCCGCAGAAUCAAUCUUACGCCCAAGAAAGCUACCAGUCUGGUCGAUGAGAAUGGAGAGCCAAAAUUGUCUACGCCCAAGUCUGUGGGCCUCGGCUCACCCGUUCGGAAAAUCAACUUCACGCCCAGUCGCAGCCACAAUGCCGUCGCGGAUAGCGGUCACCUAGCCCUCCCUGCAGGCAAGUCAAUUGACUUCAGCGAUUCUGUGUUCAUGUCUAGCCCGGCCAGACGCCCUGAUGCAUCCCCGUUCCGGUUCUCCCUUCGAGAUACCCCUAACCGCGACCAUGUCUUCUGGAAAGACAGCAAUACUGCUUCAGUUUCCAACCCUAGCCAAGGUCCAUCCUCUCCACUCAAGAUGUCGCCGAGGAAAGGCCAUUUAGGGGCAUCAGUGGGCCAGACUCCAUCGAAGACCUCCACUCCGUUCUCAGCCAAGUCUUCCUUCAUUCAGAGCCCAGCAAAGAGAAUCGCUUCUCCGUUUAAAAGCUCUCUCUUUUCAUCUAAGGGAACAUCGCAAUCACUGAACUCGGCGGAAGGUGAUGUUUCUAGAACAAUUCCCUCUGCUCAGCAGUAUGUGUCUCCAAGGGAAAAAGACGAAGACGAGCUUGUCGACAAAGAUAUCGAGAUGGUUGAAGAAGUCGCCCGUGAUAUUUUUGGUAUCCAGUUAUAUUCCUCUUCUCGAUCCUCAUCAACGUCGCCGCUUACCAAGGAAGUUUCAGCAGCUGAAGAGCCACUUGAACUUCAACCUCUCGACGGACCCACUGAGCAGAUGGAAGAUUCUGAGGAGCCUCUGGAACCGGAACCAGUCUAUGAACCCUCAGAGAAAAUGGAUGAUACAGAGGAACUGGGCAUCAACGAGCAGAUUGAGCAGCUCGAAGAAGAAAUUCGGCAUGAGCCAGAAGCGGAGGAUUUUGAAACAAUCUGCUUUAACACUAUGGAGGCGCUUCAAAAGCCUCUUACAAGCGACCUAGCCAACCAAGAAAUUGAAGACGACAUGGAGUUUGACAUGGAUUAUUCUGCAGAGGAAUCCGAUAGCGAGAAGCAAGAUAUCGUGGAGCAAGAAGUGGCAUUAGACAAUGCGGACCUUGAAGAGGGGCAAUAUCAUUCACCUGAGCCGCCUCACAUGAAUAUAAGCCAAGAUGGGCCUCUAAUGCAAUCUCCUCUGCCCUCAGAACCUACGCUUGAGAUGAUUGCCCUCGAAGAAGCCCAGUAUUCCGAUUCGGACGUGAUUGAGGACAUGGACGAUCAAAUAGAGGAUUACCAACAUGCGUCUAGCCUCACGCGUUAUGCAGAUGAGGAGGAAGAGCCUGAGAGUGAGCAAGAGAUGGACAACGAAGAGCCCACUCUUGUGCAAUCUGAAGCCACCUUCACUGUUCUCUCUCUGCCUGGCUCGCCGAGUGAGCCUUACGAAGCCGAAGAAAUCGAUACUCCACUCCAAAAGACGCAGUCCGGUCCUCUACAAGCUCCUACACCUCCUGCUGCCAAUGUGGCCCCUAUCUUCUCUCCUCUUGACAAUGUCAGACCCCAAGACCGGUUUUUUGACAUCAACACCGAGCCACGUAUGGCUGAAGAUAGCUUUAUGGAGACUACGCAGUCUGAGAUUCCUACCCCUACAUUCCACGCGGUCUCCGAUACCCCUAGCGCCUCAGACAAGCGAAAAUCAAAUUUCAAUGUCGACCUGGGCUUCACUCCUUUGGCACAGCAGUUCAAUAGCUGGGAAGCUAACACUCCCUCUCAAGGCCGACCCCUGCGACCACGCAGACGGGGCAUUUUCUCCCUUGUUGGACCAUUGGAGAAGGAUGCUGAGAACCCUACACCGAGACCAUCAACACCGAAGCCCUCCACGCCAAAUUCCGGGGAUGUAUCUUAUCCGGAUCUUUCUAACACUCCCCUUACAACCACCCCGCCUAUCUCCGUCGAAAUGCCUCUCCAUGCCGAGAGUGAAGAUAUAAGCACGACACCAAAGUCGACUCGUGCUGCGGAAUCCCCGGUGGUUGAAGAAGAGGAAAGCCUCAUGUUUUAUUCGCCAAUCCGGACCGACAUCUUCGAAGACCCUGAGUCUCCAGAAGUAGACGAGAAUUUGUCUGUAUCGGCUAAAGCUCGUGAAAGUUUGUCUAUCCUUGGACCGACAGAAGAUGAGACUCAAAAGCCACUACCGGAGGACGAAGACAAAGAAAACUGCGUCUCUCCUUUCAUUCUGCCUGCAACUCCGAUCAAACGGGGAACUGAUCAGCUCCGAACCGUCCACACAGUAUCGAAGGUACCGCUGAAAGGCGAAGGGGAGGUUUCACCGCUGAAGCUCCCACGAAAACGAGGUCUCUCGCUCGAAAGUACAUCACCUACUCGUUCUUCUCCCCGAAUUCGCAAAAGCCCAAGUCCAAAGCGCCGCUGCAGUACUUCUCGGCGGUCCACUGGAAAGAUGCCGGAAAUCCAAAUACCGCAAUCCCCGUCUGUGACUGGCAGCCCUGGCAAAACUCCCCGUCGAAGGAGCAGCAUCAGUAAACAGGCCCUUCGUGGCGCUGUUGUGCAUGUGGAUGUUCAUACUACGGAGGGUGAAGACGCAUCAGGGAUUUUCCUCGAGCUUUUGCAACAAAUGGGUGCUCGCUGUGUCAAAUCGUGGUCGUGGAAUCCUCGUUGCAGUCUUUCACCGGUUGAUGGGGAGGAGCCGAAAGAAUCUAGAGUUGGAAUUACCCAUGUGGUAUACAAAGAUGGCGGACUCCGUACUCUGGAGAAGGUCAAGCACGCAGGUGGUCUGGUUAAGUGUGUUGGUGUUGGCUGGAUUCUCGACUGCGAGAGAGAAAAUAAGUGGCUAGAUGAGACCCCUUAUGCUGUUGACAGCUCCAUCAUUCCUCGAGGCGGUGCCAAACGCCGCAAGAGUAUGGAGCCUCGUGCCCUGAGCAACGUCAACGGCACUCUUGUGCAUGUCCCCGGACCAUCCACGCCGUCUGCGAGUGGCCGUCGCUGUGGUGCUGAUCGGGGUGCUGUGGAAGGAUUCCGCAAGAUCACCCCUCCUACGCCCCAACCAGGUGUUCCGUCCACACCAACGCAACAGUCAGACCGCUUCCACAUUCCGGCCACUCCUGGCUACAACUUUGCCAACCUUGAUGCCAUUGGCAUGUCCCCUGCUACACCUUACUUCCUCUCGAACCGUAAUAAGCUGGUUCAGCAGUCUUGUCCGCCUAAGCAGACCAACCGCGGCUUGUUCACGACAACUGAUAAGCCGAAGUUCAGCCUGGAAGAAGAUGAUGAAGUGGAUUCACGACGCCAGCAACGCGCGCGCAUGGAAGCGGCUCGACGCAAGAGUAAUUUCUAUAAGCCUCCCCUUCGUAGCCCGCUUGGGCAGUGA